AAAAGAUAUAACAUUAUUUUGUAUAUCUUUUAAAUAAAUUUAUAUGAUAUGAAUUUCAAUAUUCUCUAGAUGGGGAAAGGGAAGGAGUAUGCAUCUUCUACUACACCUCCUACCGAAGAACAUGCAACAAAUCCAUCAACGCAGGCGAUACCAAUACAAUUUUAUCCGGAUUUGUCAAAUUAUAUGCAUACAAGCAAUCCACCAAUUCCACAUCCAUGGUUACCGCCAUCUGUGGCGUGUCCUAAUGCCAACCCAAUGACAUGGACAAGUCAGGCAAGUCCGAUAUUCCCAUUUCACUCAAGGACUAAUCCUCCGAUUGGGGAACACUCUGCAAGUUCAAGCCAUGCCGUUGAGCCUGAAAGUAUAUCACCUGAGUCUACGGAAAAAAGUAUGUCUAUGCCUUCGUAUCAUGAUACUGUUGAAUCAAAUCAAAAGGACCAAUCUGGGCCAGAUCCGGCAAAUGUAUUGCAUACUGAAGGGGCCGAAAUCGUAGAGGAGCCGAAGUUGGGUAUGGUGUUUCAAUCUGAAGAGGAGUUACUUUCUUACUACAAAAAGUAUGGGAAACAAUGUGGUUUUGGGAUAAUGACACAAAGGAGUCAUAGGUUUGAGGAUGUGAGUGUUAGAUAUGUGACAGUGGGUUGUGCUUGUGGUGGGAAGGCACGGAACCGUACGUCUAAUGUCGCAAGACCACGUCCGACAUCAAAGACAGAUUGUAAGGCAAGGAUAAAUGCCUUAUUUGGAAAAGGGGUGUUGAUGUUGUCGAGUGUUAACAAUACCCAUAAUCACGGCCUAAGUCCACAGAAGUCGAGGUUCUUUCGCUGUAAUAGAGAAGUCAGCGAGUCUGAUAAGAGGGUGUUAGAUAUAAAUGAUCAAGCUGGGAUCAGAAUGAACAAGAGUUUUGCCUCUCUUGUGCAAGAAGCGAGUGGGUUUGAAAACCUCCCUUUCAAUGAAAAAGACUGUUGUAACUAUAUUGACAAGGCACGGCACCUUCGACUUGGGAAAGGUGGCGCUGGAGCCCUCCGUGAGUAUUUUGCUCGGAUGCAAUAUAAGAAUGACGGGUUCUUUUCACUCAUGGAUAUGGAUGAUGACAGGCGGUUGAGGAAUGUAUUCUGGGCAGAUGCCCGAAGUAGGGCAGCCUACAAAUAUUUCGGAGAUGUCGUGACAUUCGACACGACGUAUUUGACAAACAAAUAUGGGAUGCCGUUUGCACCAUUUGUUGGUGUAAACCACCAUGGCCAGUCAAUUUUGCUGGGGGCAUGAUUAAUUUUGAGCGAGGAUACAGAAACGUUUACAUGGUUGUUUCAUACUUGGUUGAACUGUAUGGAUGGUGAAGCUCCCAAGGCUAUUAUCACAGACCAAGAUAGAGCCAUGAAAAAUGCAAUAAAUCUCGUCUUUCCAAAUAGCCGGCACAGAUUUUGUUUCUGGCACAUAUUGAAAAAAAUUCCUGAGAAGCUAGGUUCACACAGUGCAUACAACACCGGGUUGAAGAGUCAGUUGCUAAAUUGUGUAUAUGACUCUCACACAAUAGAGGAGUUUGAGGUGUCUUGGGAGGUGUUCAUUAUGAAGUAUAACUUGCAGGAGAAUGCUUGGUUGAAGAGUUUAUACGAUGAACGUACGUAUUGGGCACCAGUGUUCAUGAAAGAAGUUUUUUGGGCUGGAAUGAGUACAACUCAACGAAGCGAGAGCAUGAAUGCGUUUUUCGAUGGCUACGUGCAUGCUAAGACAAACUUGAAAGAGUUUGUCGAUCAGUUCGAUAAUGCCUUGAGGAAGAAGAUUGAGAAUGAAAGUGCUGCAGACUUCCACUCAUUCAAUUUCACGAUUCCCCUCGUCUCUCCCUCUCCACUUGAGAAGAUUUUUCAAGACAUUUAUACUUGCAAUAAAUUCAGAGAAGUUCAGAAAGAAGUGAUAGGGAUGCUUGCAACUCUUCCAACUCUUCACCGAAAGGAUGAUGUAAUUGCAACUUACCAUGUAGAAGAUGAAGUGAAUGUCGAUGGUUUCAUUAAAGAGGUGACCCACACAACACACAUUAAUGAGGCCGAGUGCGAAGUGAAGUGUUCCUGUGCCUUAUUUGAGAUGAGAGGGAUUUUGUGUAGACAUGUCUUGGGCAUUUUGAGAGUUAACAAAGUCCGAUCGAUUCCAAAUAAGUACAUACUAGAUCGAUGGAGGAAAGACAGGAAACGGACUUACACGCUUAUACGAAGUAGUUAUGACGAAGUUGAUCAGAGGCCUGAAGUUUUGAGAUAUUCACGAAUCAUCAAGAUGUGCUACGAAGUACCCACAAAUGCAGCAUCAUGUGAUGACCACACUGAGGAUAUGCUACGCAAGCUAGAAGAAAUGAACUUAAGCUACCACAGCACUCUCACACCGUCGAAGGUUGUAAGGUCUGCACUCGAUACAACGACUGAAGCAAGUUCGAAGAAAGCACUGAGUCCCCAUGUGGUGAGGGGAAAAGGCAGACCGCCGUCUCUCAGAAAAAAAUCAAUGAUUGAGCGGGUGAAAUCCACGACAAAGAAAGGUAGUCAGAAAGGAAAACGUAAACAGCCGCAUGGACUAGAAGGAGAAGUUGUUGGAACGUGUAGGAACUUAUUUGGGCAAACAGAUAUUGGGAGACAACAAGAUGUCCCAUUUCAGCUGCCUCACAACACUACCGAGGUGUUGGACUUUAGUGCCUCCGAGUAUGGAUUAGCCGUGAAUGAGACUCAAGAAAGUAUGCCCAUUGGGGUGGAUGGAACCCAGCCGGAUAGCUUGCGUUAGACACACCGGUGGGAAUAAAUCUGGCCAUCAUGGGGUUUGUAUCUCAAAUGCACGGCCUACUAUUUUGGGAAGACGAAAUCUUUUUCACGCUUAUUCGAGUUUUUUUAUAAUGUUUUUAUAAUGAAAUAUGUAGUUACCUUAUGGGUACUAAUACUUGGGCAUUUUUUUAUUGUUUAUUCUUGUCACUUGAUUUUUGGUGUUCCCAUUUCAGUUCAGCAAUGGUAGAUGAACAAGAGUUUUGUACAAAAGUAGCCGCCACAGAUUUUUUUGUGUAAUUAUGUGGGUUGGAUCAGCUCAUUGUUUCAUACAUGGCCAAACAGAUUUUGUAUUGCAAGAUGCGUGGAGCUAGACUUGCACAAGAUAUUAAUGGGGUGUACAUAUGUUGGUUUUGGGAUGGCUGGACAGUUGCAGUGUUACAGUACAAAAAACCAGAAGAUGGGUCAAGCUAGGAGAUAUGUGACAGUGGUUAUUUUUUGAUGUGUGGCAUUAAGAUUUUGGUUGAAUUUAUAUGUACAGAUGUAUGGAUAUAUAAUGGGGUUUGUUAGGCAGUUUUUUGAUGCCUGGAACCCAUAGGGAUGGUGUAAAUAUUUUAUGUAAUAUGAUGGGUGGAUAGGAUUUAUAUUAUUUCUUGUUUAGGCAAUUUUGUGAAUUGGUACUUAGUUCAGGGGCCGA